GGCCGGGAGGGACAGCGGCGGAGCCCUGCAGGCCUGCCCAGGAACGAGAGCAGCUGCCCGGGGUCGGUACGUCUGGGCUCCUCCUCAGGCCUGCGGGGCCGGCUCAGCGCCGCUGUGCUCCCUCAGGGUCGGCGGCUGAGGGCCGUGCUCAGCGAGGGAGCCUUCAUGCUGAGCGCGACAUCCUUGAGGCCUUGCCGCUUCCACUAAUGCCUGGCAGAGCUCUGGCCCCCAGUCCCCUAUGAGUUCAUCGGUGCUGCGUUCUGCUUCGCCCCAGGCAUUUAGCCCCAGUCACAAGAACAGCAUCAUUAGGAGGCAGAGACAGGAACUCAAGCUUUUAAUUGCAGAACUGAAAGAUCGUGACAGGGAGCUCAAUGACAUGGUGGCAGUGCAUGAGAGACACAUCCAGGCCUGGGAAGAUGAUCGCCAAAAAAUACUGACAUUAGCAGAACGAUGCAGCUUAUUAACUAGUGAGCUGAACGAGAGAAAUGCAGUUAUAAAAUCACUGACCAAAAAGUUAAAGGUUUUAGAAACCCAGCAUAAUGACAGUAAGAUAACACUCGAAAACACACAACAGAAGUUUAAAGAGCUCCUUCAAAAAGUAGCAGAUUCAUCUCUUCAGUGCCAGGCUCUGGAGGAGAAAAAUCAGAGUCUCCACUGCUCUGUUUUGGAACUGUCUGCUAAAACAGGCCAGCUGCAAGCGAGGGAACAGGAGCUUCUCACUAUGCUUCAGCUGAAGGACAAGGCCUUAAUUGAAACAACUGAUCAGAUUGCUGAGGCUACAUCUAAAUUUAAAUCCCUGGAGGGUGCAUUGCGUGCAUCAAAGUUGGAUGAAUUCAGUCGCAACAGAGAACAGCAAGACCUCAAGCUGACACUGAACGAUGUCGUGGUUCAAAUAAAUAAGAUGAAAGAUAUCCUCUGUGAAAAGAUGAAAGAAGGCAGCAAUUACCAAGAAGAAAUCAGUCACCUGAAACAAGAAAAUGGCUGCUUGAGGAGCGAGCUGAUGCUGGCAGUGGAGGAAGCACAGAGAAAGGAUCAACUUUAUCAGUUUACCAAGUCGAAGCAAGCGCGGAUUGAAAAGGAAUUGUCCAGUUUGCGACAGGUCUGUGUGAAACAGCAGCGGGACUUACACUUCCUUCAUAUCAACUUGGAUAGCUCUGAGGACUCCAGGCAAAAGCAUGAAAACGCAGCCAGUGGAAGGAGCAGUGAGGAAAACGUGGAUCUGAAUUCCCUCCACGUGGCUUCUCCUCUCUUGACAUCCACUGAGAAGAGCAACAUAACUCAAAGCUCUGGGAAAUUCUCUGAUGAAGAUUCCCCUCUGGACAUCAGUGACUUGGCAGUGACUAAACCAGCGAAGAGAUACUGCAUGAAACCAGACACCAGUUCCUUGUUCUGGAAGCUGGAGCGCUCCUUGGCCCAGUCCCGACAGAUGCUGGCUGAUCUGGAGCGCAGCCUCCUCCACACGAGCCCUUCCUGCAUUCACAACGCCAACAACAUGAAUAAGAGGAAGAAGUUGUUUCCAGCACACAGGUAAUUCUGAGGACCGAAGAUCAUCGACCCGGCAGCUACAAUGGAAAGUUACCUCAUUUUUUCUCCUUGGUCCUCCUGAGUGUUUGAAAGACUCACAAGUGGCAAGAAGAUGUGACUCUGCAGGAAUGUAUUUUAUCUUGCAAUAAAACACAGAGUUACGCCAAGAUUAACAAAGCUAUUUUUAUAGCUGAGAGCUCAGGUUAAACACUGGCUUGUUUUUUACGGAUCUGAAGUGUGUAAUUGUUACAACAUAGGAGCUGUUUUUCUUUUUUUUUUUUUUUAUGGUGGCUCGGAAAUAUUUAUAGCGUAUGACACAGCCAAGCAUUCUCCUUUUUUAUUUUUUUUUUUUAGCAUAUUGUUUUUGUUCUGGAUUUCUUGCCUUGUAGAGAGAGAUGAAUAAUGUUUAUAGGAAGUUCCCAAUUAGUGUUCUAAGCAGGCACUGCCUCCAAUGUUGCUGAAAUGGGAGAGCUGUCACCCACAAGAUGGGCAGAACAACUUUCCACGCUCAGGAGCUGGUUCCUCCAACAGAAGUUAAUGGGAUCAGGUGUGUUUGGCCUCUGUUUGCACUGUAGAGAUAGCCAAGUAUGAUGUGACAUUUUUUUUAGCAUUUAAACUGGAUUUACCUUUGCUGAUUGAGCAAGACGUGCUGUUAUCACAAUUUGAACUUAUUUCUUAAUGAAGAGCUCGAAUAAGCUAAUAAAGAUACUUUGCUGUGUC